UGACUCAUACGUGGGGGCAGUCACCUAUAUACUGGGGGAGGAGUCAUCCACAUACGGGCAAGGUCACCCAUUCCUGUUGGAGGGUCACCCAUACGUAGACAAUGUCACUCGGAGGGGGAGGAGGUCACCCAUAUACAGGGGGUGUCACUCCAACCCGGGGGGGUCAGCUGCACACGGGGGUCACCCACACCCCCAUCCGCCGUCCCCACCCCCGCGGUUCCCGGCAGAAUGACUCAGCCCGGACCGCCCCUCCGCCAAGAGCCGCGCCUCCUCGCCCUUCUGCUGACGUCCCCACCCCGCCCCUAUCGUGACCCAGCGCUGCCCCGUGCGGUGAGCUCAUGGGCACGCCUCGCGCCCGCUUCCGGCCACGCCCUCCCGUCGUCGUGACGUCACGGGAGCGCCCAUAAAGGGUCGGCGGCGCAUCGCGGACGGCACCGCCGCUCCUCCUCUUCCACCGUUGCCGCUGCCGCCGCCGCCAUGGCUGCCGCUACAGCUGGGCCCGCUCCGGAGCCGCUGCGUCAGGGUCCGUUAUGCGGGCAGCCGCCCCGGGAGCCGUCCCCGGAGCCCCCGCGGCCUCCACGCUCCCCCUGGGGGCCGCCCGCCCCGGAGCUGGGCCGUCUCCUGCGCUCCCUCAGCGCCCCGAGCGGCCGCGCCGUGCCCCCCCCGCCCGGCUUCUCUCCUCGGCUCCGCGGGGCCCCCCCUGGCCUGGCCCGCUCGCAGCCCCCCGACCCCGCCCUGCUGGCGCUGGCGGCGCUGACCCUGGGCACGGACCCACCGGGGGCCCUCCCGGUGCCGUUCCAGUCCCGCAGAUCGGCCCCGCUCUCCGCCCUCGGCCUGGCGCUGCUGUCCCCGACGUCGCACGAAGCGUCCCAGCUGUCACCGUCGCUGUCACCGCCGCAGUCCCCUCUCGGCUUCUCGCUGUCGCCACCCUCCUCGCCGCCGUCCCCGCUCUACAAGACGGAACUGUGCCGCCCCUUCACCGCCACCGGCCAUUGCCGCUAUGGUGCCCGCUGCCAGUUUGCCCACGGCCCCGAGGAACUGCGGGGGCUCCGCCGCCACCCCAAGUACCGCACGCAGCCGUGCAGUACCUUCCAGCGCUGUGGGACGUGCCCCUACGGCUCCCGCUGCCACUUCCUGCACGGCCCUGCACCGACGGAGGGAAGCACGGGGCCCCCGGGCAGCCCCCACCGCCUCCCGGUGUUCGACCGUAUCUCGUUGUCAGAGUGAGGGAUGUGGUGCCGUGGUGACAGCCCCUCCCCAGAGGAGAGGCACCCCCUUCCCCCCCCCCCCGGAACUUUAGGCUGAAGGAGGGAGGUGGUGAUGACAGAUGUAGCAUGCCCCGGGGGGGUGGGGGGGGGCACACUCCACUCGGUCCCAGCGGUGAUAACUGGAAGGGGGAGGGGGAGGGGGGAGACGAGGCUGGCAGGUCCUGUCGUCCCCCCGCUCCCCGCCCUGAUUCUGCCUUUAUUUAUUGCUCACUCAGUGCCUUAGGGGCGUUCCUGUCCCAGUGAAUGGCUUUUUUUCGGUGGCCAGAGGUUUUAUAUUGUAUUUAUGUAUUUUGUAACUGGGGGGGAGGGGGGGGCUGUGAAGGGAAAAUGCUGAUGUUUGUUUGUUUGGUUUUAAAUAAACGAUCUCUUUCUCCGGUG